UGGCGACGUUCACACCAUCUUUUGCAGACAUAUCUUUGCUCCGAUUUCUAUCUUCAACAAAAACGCACUGACAGCGAGUUUACUCACAAACCCCGACUUUUGCAUCCCCUAUGUCAGCAUUUUAAGCUCUCUUCUGCGGGUAACGUUACCACAACCACCCGCUGUGUGCACAAUCAGCGCGCAAAAACAAAAACUAGCUCGAAACGGGCUAUGAUGGCGGCGGACUGUGUUGGUUUCCAGGCUCAGAUCGCAUCCAUCGUGGAGAUUUUGGCUAAUUCUGCCGUGGCCGAGAUCUGUAAACUGGUGGAGGACGGAUAUGCAGCACUCCGGUCCCAGAUGGAGCAGGAGCGGGAGGAAAGCGAGAAGGAGAACGAUGCUCUGCGGCAAAAACUGCGCCAAAUGGAUGCGAAAGUGCGCAGCUACGAGCGGAAAAUGAAGAGACGGAGCAACAACCAGCGAGAAGAAGCAAGCAUGCACGCUGUUCAUUUGAUGCCACAAGAAGUGCCCGAAGGCCUGAUUGUACCUGUCACUGUUGGAGAAGAGGACAAGGUGAUUGAACACAGUUCAGCGCUUCCCGUAAAACAGGAAAUGGCGGAUAAAGAGGACUGUAACCUGGAUCUGAAAGUUGAGCUGAACAUCAGAGCAGAGUGUGGUGAGUCCAAUGCUCUGGAGUCUAAUGAAGAAACCUCUACUGUAGCUGAAAACAUCACUCCCCCCACUUCUCAAACUGUACCCUCUUCCACUGAUGCCACCAUAGACUUAACUUGCCGACCCCGAGCUAAGCGCAAAUCCACUAAACCUGUCGCUAACCCUGCUAGUAUGACCCCUACUCUGACUGCAGAAAGCCCUAUUAAACCAGAAAUUCAAGUCAUUGACGAUGGAGAGGAUGAUCAACCAUCUCAACUUCCUGCUAAUUUAACAACUGAGGAAACUAGCCCUGAGCGUUUGAACAAUUUGGGAAUGGAUUUAGCCUGGAUGCAAGAGCGCGUGACACAUUUGGGAGCUGCAUAUGCGGUCGCUCAACUUGGAUUGGGCAAUUCUGAUUCGGGCCACACCUCUUUCCAAUCGCAAGCGAGCGGCGAUAGCUUGGAAGGCCCUCCUACAAUGAUUUUCCCAUCAUCCGCGCAUGAAAUGGCUGCGUUUGCUGCUACUUUUGACUUGUCCGCAGUUGUAGCAAGCUCUCAAAACCCACCCACGUUAACACAACCCACUCCUCCUCAAGCCACGGCCACUUCUGCCUCGACAACCAAUCAGAGGCGCUCUUAUAGGAGUUCAAAAGAACCAGUCGCAUGUAAUAUUUGCGGUAGAGUUUUUCCCAGUGCGGCAACAUUGGAGUUACAUCAACGUACACAUUCAGGAGAGCGACCAUACACCUGUCCACAUUGUGGUAAAGGAUUUGCCCAACCAAAUAAUCUGCGAGUCCAUUUGCUAAUUCACACCGGAGAGAGGAGGUACAGGUGCACACUUUGUGGUAAGAGUUUUAUUUCGUCCAGUCACUUAAAGAGGCAUCGCACGGUCCACACACAGGAGAAGCCGUACAGCUGUGCCAGAUGUGGGCAGUCCUUCAGCCAGAUGUGCAGCGUGAGGAGGCACCGGCAGCAGUCUCAGUGUGGACUCUAGACUGUCAAAAAACAGCAAAAAUAAAUAUGUACAUGAGUUAAAAUGACUUCAGCUCAGAACGUUUGCAUUGUUUUGAUUAAUGGCGUGACUUGGAAGUUGUAUUGAUUUGGUUGGAAAAUAUUUCUCAUGGUGGGCAGGUACUCCUGGUCUGGAAGUAAUAUUUCCUUAUUUUGCCCAUAGACUUUCUAAAAAUAUAUAUUAAAUUAGUUUAAAGUUAGAAGUAGGCUUAUCAGCUAUGGGGUAACUCUUUGAAACUGAAAUUACAUUUUAAUAAGUUAUAAUAAAAGUUUGCUGUAUUUUCAAGUUUGAAUGUGUUUAUUUUUUAUAUAAUUGAGUUAUAAUUAAGUUACCCCAUAGCUGAUUAGCUCCUGUCAUGCCUUUAAACUCCAAUUCUUUUUAAUACAUUUUUGAUCUGCUAGUAAAUUUUAGUUUUUAUCUUAAGAUGAUUUGUGCUACAAAAAUAAGCCCUGGUGAAAACUAAAAUAUAUUUAAAAAUAUUGU